GUAUCCAGAAAAUAUUACCCCAGAAACGGAAGAGGUGGAGCCCAAACCAAUGGUGAUCGGCACCAACAAUGUUUUUGAGGUUGGGUGUUAUUCCCAAGCCAUGAAAGUGGGAGAUAACAACGUCAUCGAAUCAAAAGCAUUUGUGGGCAGGAACGUGAUCCUGACGAGCGGCUGCAUCAUCGGUGCCUGCUGUAACGUCAACACCUACGAGGUGAUCCCCGAGAACACCGUCAUCUACGGCGCCGACUGCCUCCGCCGCGUCCAGACCGAGCGCCCGCAGCCCCAGACGCUGCAGCUGGAUUUCCUGAUGAAGAUCUUGCCCAACUACCAUCACCUGAAGAAGACCACGAAGGCCGCGUCCACUCCUGUCAAGAGCUGA